AUGAAAGCUGAGAUUAGAGACACUAAAAAAUUCUGCAAAUUUCAUGAUGAACACGGGCACGAAACAGACGAGUGCAGAGAUUUAGAAGUUGAGAUAGAAAGAAUGAUAGACGCAGGCGAGCUAAGAAAGUUCAUAGCCCACAAAACAAAAAGCAGUGACAAGGGACAAAAGAGGAGCUGGGACGAUAAGGGAAAAGAAAAGGAAGAAGAAAGGCCAUCCAAGAUCCUAGGAACAAUACACAUGAUUAACGGAGGAGGACAUAGCAGUUCAACCAUUCGGAGAAAGCAAAUGAGAGAAGUGAUGAACAUCAGAGAGACACACAUGCCACCAGUGGUUUUUGAUGUCGAGGAUUAUGAACACGUGAAAGCACCCCAUAAUGACGCUCUAGUGGUAACAACCAUCAUUGAAAACUAG